AUGUCAGAACAUAGAACUCAAUCAGUUUUUUCUUAUCCUUCUCCUGCAACAAAUCCUCCUCCAAAAACAGACAUAUCUCUAAGAGAAAUUUUAGAUACAUAUCGUGAUAAUAAUGAUCUAUUGAAACAAAUUCUCGCAACUAAGGCGGAGGAAGAUAAGAGACGUGCUGAAGAAGAAAAGUAUAAAACUGAAGCUGUACGUUUACAAUGCAAACAAGUAGAAUUAGAGAUGUUAAAAGAACAAAAAAAACCACCGACUAUUAUCACUGGAGUGCCACCGAUGAAUACAUCAAACAGUUUUAAUAUGAAAUCACCUUCAGAAAUCAAUAGCCCAUACCUACCGAUACCACCACCAAACGAUACGCAUUAUCCUGCCACUACUCCAACAAGUGCGACACGUUUAUCACCACCAUCAUCUUCUAACCACGGAAAUGACAAUUCAUCUUAUAAUCACAAUGGGAUAUCUUCGCACAAUUCCUAUAAUCCAUUAAGCCAAAGACCCUCAUUAACAUUAUCCAUUCCUUCGUUCCCAAUUAUAACGGCGUCUCCAACUACGAUUCAUAAUCAGCACCCAUUUUCCACCCCUACAA